AUGUCGUCUAGCGGAAAUGUAUCGGUGCUCUUGCUCACAGCGAAGUCCAAAGUCGCACCGAAAGGAACCGAGAAACUUGACCCUACUAUGCACUUGCCUCGUAUCGAGCUCUGCGGAGCACUUUUCCUGAGCCACUUGUUUGAAAAGGUGGAAAGCAGUCUACAAAUUAUAGCCCGUCCAUUCUUCUGGACUGACUCAACGAUUGUCGUCCACUGGUUGGCCGCAUCGCCGUCUCGCUGGAAGAAAUUUGUUGGCAACCGUGUGGCUGAAAUCCAGCAAAUCACUGCUUCCGUUUCAGGCAUCGAGAAUACAGCAGAUGUGGAAUGCCAGCAAUGGAGCUGGUGGAACACACGCUGUGGUGGCAAGGACCCCAGUGGUUGCAACAACCUAACAGAUUUUGGCCCGGUCUAUCUCGUUCGCUUGGUUGCCUACAUGCGAAGAUUCUGCAGCAAUACGAAGAAGCAUAACCAAGAAACCAAGAGAUCCAGACUCCUAUCUACGGUUGAAUUGGAAAACGCGCUGGUCAAUUUGGUCAAACUUGCCCAGCCAGAAUCGUUCGUGGAAGAUCUGCACUCCGUCCGCACCACCGGUCAAGUGAAGUCUACGUCAAAGCUGAAGGCACUAUCUACAGUGCUAGUAAAUGGUGUUCUUCCCACGAGAGGUCGCCUCAACAACGCAACGAUAUCGUAUGCUCAAAAGCAGCCUAUGAUCCUGGAUAACAAGCAUCCGUUCACUCUUCUAGUUGUUUGGUAUUAUCACCUUAGUCAUCUGCACGCUGGACCUACGCUUCUCAUAGCCACCGUUCGUGCUAAGUUUUGGCCUCUCCGGCUGCGUGAUGUUGUACGGAAAGUCACGCACGAAUGCAUCACCUGCUUCCGCAACCGUCCAAGUUUCAACUAUUAG